AUGGCUCUCUCAUUCCCUCCCCGUCAACUCUACUACAAUGGUCAGGCGCAGGCCGCCUCCUCAGGGAAGACUUUCCAAACUAUCAAUCCCGCCACAGCAACCCCAUUGGCCGACAUUCAGAUCGCUUCUCCCUCCGACAUUGACUCCGCCAUUACUUCUGCAGAUCGCGCUUUCCCCGCGUGGUCGCAAACCCCUCCCAUUGCUCGCGCUCGUAUCCUCCAAAAGGCGGCUACCCUUCUGCGGGAGCGCAAUGAUGAGAUCGCCCGCGUGGAAACUUUAGAUUCCGGUAAGGCAUACACCGAGACCAGCACUGUCGAUGUGGUCACCGGUGCGGAUGUUCUCGAAUAUUAUGCCAAUUUCAUCGGUGGUGGUGGCCUGAAUGGUGAGACCACACAAUUGCGAGAAGAUGCGUGGGUUUACACCAAGAAGGCUCCCUUGGGUGUUUGUGCCGGCAUUGGUGCCUGGAACUACCCAAUUCAGAUUGCUCUGUGGAAGUCAGCUGCUUGUCUUGCGGCAGGUAAUACCAUGGUGUACAAGCCUAGUGAAUUCACCCCUCUCCACGGCCAGACCCUCGCCGAAAUCUAUACCGAGGCGGGCUUACCUGCCGGUGUCUUCAACGUGAUCAACGGCGCUGGCGACGUUGGCGCUUACCUGACUAGCCACCCCACCAUUGCUAAGGUGUCAUUCACCGGCCAGGUAUCGACCGGUAUGAAGGUCGCAGGCUCGGCUUCAGGCAACAUGAAAUAUGUGACCAUGGAACUGGGCGGCAAGAGCCCCCUGAUUGUCUGCCCUGAUGCAGAUCUGGAGAAUGCUGUCAAUGGCGCGAUGAUGGCCAACUUCUACAGCACAGGCCAGGUCUGCACCAAUGGUACCCGGGUGUUCGUACCGCGGUCCAUGAAGGCAGCCUUUGAGAAGCGUCUUUUGGAGAAGAUUCCCUUUGUACGAGCUGGCCCUCUCUUUGAUGAACAGACCAAUUAUGGACCUUUGAGCUCCGCCGUACACCACGAGAAGGUGAUCUCAUACAUUCGACACGGUAUUGAGACGGACCGGGCCACUCUACUCUGCGGUGGACCUGAGAAGCCCGUCGUGCCCCAGGACCUGCAGGCCGGAUACUGGGUCAAGCCCACCAUCUUCACCGACUGCACAGACUCCAUGCGCAUCGUACAGGAAGAAAUCUUUGGUCCCGUCAUGACUCUGCUGUUCUAUGACACCGUUGAGGAGGCAGUGAAGCGCGCCAACACCACCGAGCAUGGUCUCGCCGCGGGUGUCUUCACCAAGGACUUGAACCAGGCUCACCGAGUCAUUGACCAGCUUCAGGCUGGUAUCACAUGGAUCAACACCUGGGGUGAGAGUCCAGCGGAGAUGGCCGUGGGUGGUUGGAAGAAGAGUGGACUGGGCGUGGAGAAUGGCCGCCGGGGUAUUGAGGCCUGGUUGCAGAACAAGAGUACCCUCGUUGAUAUGAGUGGUACCGUUGCAACUGUGUUUGCCAAGCUGUAG